AUGACAACGGCUCACAAACGUGCUGGUACGCGUGCAGCAGUGCAACCGUCGUCGUCGGACGUCGGCUGCAGCGAACCUGCGGCGGCUGAAAUGAGCCGCAAGUACCAAACAGCUUUCCAGUCGUUCUCCAUCGAAUCUUUGAUCGGCGGCGGCAGCGAGACACCUCCGCCACCGGCCGACGCAACCAUAUCGCCGCCACCGUAUUAUUUGGACUCGGCCGCGAUGCAACUGCAGCAACGGUCGACGUUGGAACCGUCGGCGAUGUUGAACUUUGAUUAUUUGAGCGUGUUGCGAUUGCAGUCGGCCGCAGCAGCCGCCGCGGCCGCCGUCGGUAAAUCGUUCGCGCCGCGGUCGCUGUGGCCGUACUUGAGCGACGCGGUCGCAUUUCCCGGAACGCCGCCGCCACCGCCCCUGUGUUAUCACGAUUACCGACGGUCAUUACUGCGUGACGUCGGCAACCGGCCGUCCCCGCCACCGGUUUUCGGUUGCGACGCCGCCACUGACGACGACGCGGAUUCGGGUGACCCCGAAAAUCGCGACUUGCCGAACGCAUGCACGACGGUCGUCGCCGAUGGAGGCCAGGGUGGCGGUGGCGGCUACGACGACGAUGACGACGGCGGAGGUGGUGGAAGAGACAACGGAGAUGACAUCGACGACGACGAGGACGACGAAGACGAUGUCGACGACGACCCGCGGUUCGGAAAAUGCCUAAAUGAUAUAGAUAUUCUGCAAACAAGACAAAAUACAAAUGCGCAGUCAUCAAAUGAAAACAAAUCUCGCCGAAGAAGAACAGCAUUCACAAGUGGUCAGCUUUUAGAAUUGGAGCGGGAAUUCCAGGCUAAAAAAUAUCUAAGUCUAACCGAAAGAUCCGAAAUAGCAAACUCAUUAAAACUUAGCGAAGUUCAGGUGAAGAUUUGGUUUCAAAACAGGCGAGCGAAAUGGAAACGGGUCAAGGCCAGCUUGUUGUCCGGAAACGCGUGCGGCAACGAUGGCCAAAAGAGCAACUCCGGUGGGAACACGAUGAGGGGCCGAUCGAAAUGUCCAAAUGGCGUCGGCGGCGGCGGCGGGGCGGGAAAAAUCGUAGUGCCCAUACCGGUACACGUCAACCGGUUCGUGGUGAGGAGCCGACACCAACAGUUGGAAAAAUGCGCUUCCGGUUUUGCUCAUCUCCGACGAGGUAGCGAUGCGGACUUCAAAAUCAAAAGUCGGCUGCAGUUGUACACGUCUGCCAUUCUGUAG